AUGGGAAAAGUCCGGGUUGACGUGCUUUUCGGUGGCCGGGAUAACUGCCGGAUCGAAAACAUCCUGUUCCAAGUGGUUGAUCUCGAUAACCCUUACCAUGCCCUGCUGGGGAGACAGGCACUAGCAAAUUUUUUGGUCUCAACUCAUCUGGCGUACCUCAAGAUGAAGAUGCCGCCACAAAAUGGAGUCCUUAUUGUGGUUGGAAAUUACAAGAUCUCCCUGGAGACUGCUUCAGCCGGAUCCUGCCUGGUCGAAUCACUGGUCAUUGCGGAAGAAAAGAAAGGGUUGCAACCAGUUGUCACGCUAGUGCAGUCGGCACAGCUUGGCAUGUCCGGAAUGAGUAACCCUCUGGGUGGAACGGCGUUGAAGCCUCCAAAGGAGACAAAUGCCAUUGUUCUUGACCCGGAACAACGAGAGCGCACCGUCCGCAUUGGUUCUGGAUUGAGCGAGAAGUAG